GUUAUCUGAGAACAAUAAGUGAUUCGGUUCUCUAUAAGUAAACACGGCAGGAAGUGUGCAUCAGCUUUCUUCUUCAUACAUCGUCUUCGCCUAGAAUCAACAGCAUAUAGACACCCAAUCAAAGCAAAUAUUCAUUUCCCACCUUCACCUCCAGCAACAAGACCGUCUUCUCCAGUCAAGUCAGAUAAUCCAAGCACAAUGUCCGACCACGAGAAGCAACAGACCUUUGAGGAGGAGGAAGAGUACCAAUCAGAGUCCGACGACCAGCAACAACAACAGGUUGUCCAACCCACACCAAAGAAGAGUCAGCGCACGAUGCAGAGAGCCCCUCGUCAGCCAGAUCAACAAAUGCAACAACAGCAAUACCAACAACCACAACAACAACAAAUCAUUCCAGCUGAGAACCGACAAACUGGCAGUAUGGGUGGCAGGACAGGUGCCAUCCGGGAGUCUAGAAUUAAGGAUCGUCCACAACCAGCACAAGAGCGAGACAGCAGUUUGAAGAUCAAAAUCGAGCUGGAUCUUGAAGUUGAGGUCGACCUUUACGCGAGAGUCAAGGGAGAUGUGACUAUAGGCUUACUGUGAGAAGCGCCGAGAUUUACCUCAUGGAGUGGUUUCUGAUACGAAGCAGACGAUGAUAUAUGACGGCGUUUUCUUCUGAAUUUGGGAUUCUUGUACAACACACAAUACUUCUUGUACUAGUAGCAGAAAAAGGAGAUAGAAUCGAG